GCAACCCGGCGGGUAAUGGGCUCGCCAUUUCGCCCCGACCCGCUCGUAAGCGGUAAUGGGCUCGGUUCCUUCCUUCUCCGCACCACCCGCAACCCGGCGGGUCUUGGGUCCGCCAUUUCCCUCCGACCCGAGUCGCGGACUGCCCGCAUCCACCAGAUAGAAGUUUUACGCUUCCCAGAUACGCUAGAACCCCUAUUCGGCUUCGUCUCCUCCGCCAGGCAGGAUACCCCAGCGAGCCGACCCCGCACCAGUCGAGGCUUCGCCCGCUUCCUCCGCGCCAGCCGGGCUACCCCCGCCUACUCUGCAUCAGCCGGAGCUUCGCCCGAAGCCUCCAUCCUCGCUUCCCCAGGAUCGCCACCUCCUUCCACCGGAUCGCCACACCAAGCCUCCCUUCGACUCUCUUGCUGCCGCCUUUAUUCUCUCUUCAAACUUAGGGAUUGCAUAAUGGCCGGGGCUCCUGAAGUGCAGAAUUGGGCGGGAAGGACCAUGAUGCCCUCUGUUCAGGCCAGGGGGCCUCCUCCGACUGCCCGCCCUCGCGUCGAGCCUGUCGACCGUGAGAAGACUUGCCCUCUCUUGCUUCGAGUUUUUACAAAGAUUGGUGGGCAUCAUCCGAAUGAAGACUUUGCUGUGAGAGGGAAGGAGCCAAAAGAUGAAGUCCAAAUUUACACAUGGAAGGAUGCGACUCUUCGUGAGCUCACUGAUUUAGUUAAAGAGGUAGCUCCUGCUGCUAGGAAGAGAGAUGCGAAGCUCUCAUUUGCUUUUGUCUAUCCAGAUAAGAAUGGACGUUUCGUGGUGAGACCGGUGGGGAUGACCUUUUCAUACGGAAACGGCAGACUGGACGACGGAAAGACGCUAGCAGAACUCGGCUUUCAGAUAGGGGAUUACUUGAGUGUUGCUAUCCUCUGAAAGGUAUUAGUGUUGUGGAGGGCCGGAAGACUGCUCUGAUAAAUGAUGUUUUGUGGUUAGCUAAGUGGACUUGUUAAAAAGUUGUAAUCUGCUUACCGGUGUCGGCAAUCGCACUAACUCUGCCUCCUUGAAGUCAUUCUCUGAUUGUCACUUGAUGGAAUUUCAAAUAGAUUUGGGUUUGAAGUGCUCCUUUGUACUGAAUUCUAUUGAUUUUGUGUGCCUGCUGUAUUUUUGAAA